CGCUUUUAGAUCCCCACUUGUCCACCAAUGAGAUCUCCUUAUGGCUUAUCUUUAAAGCCAAAAACAAAAAAACAAAAAUUCAAAAUAAGUAAAAACUAGAAAGGCAAUUAUUAAAGCUCUUCCCAAACAACAAAUCCUUCCCUUCCAUUUCAUGGCCAGUUCCAUCCAAACUUCCAUCACUGACACUACAACCAAAAACCCCACCAAACGUCGAAAGCUAAUUACAGUCGGCCACCGCCACCUAGAACAGCCUCUCAUACCAGGUCUCCCUAACGACAUAGCCCAUCUUUGUCUCUCCCUUGUUCACCCUUCCACUCUUUACUCUGUUUGCCACUCAUGGCGUCGCCUAAUCUACUCUCCUUCUUUCCCUCCUUUCUUCUCUUUGUAUGCAGUGCUAUCAUCAACGAAUACAAACCAUAACCUUCCUGAUAAUAACUCAAUCCAAUUCUUUAACUUUGACCCCAUUUCUUCCCGGUGGGAUUCUCUCCCUCCUCCACCACCAGAUCCACCACUCCAUCUCAUCCUUCGCCACCCUUCCUUUAUCUCCCGUGACCUUCCUAUACAAUCCAUCUCCGCCUCUGAUCGCUUGAUACUUCUUGCUGCUACUUCUCCAGGUUUUUCCCCAGCUCUCUCUAGCCCUCUUGUUUUUAAUCCACUUUCAGGCUCAUGGGCCUUUGGUCCUCCCCUCGCCACACCUCGCCGCUGGUGUGCUGCUGGCUCGGCACAUGGCACGGUCUAUGUGGCGAGUGGGAUCGGAUCCCAAUACAACACAGACGUGGCCAAGUCAUUGGAGAAGUGGGAUUUGCAAAACAAGAAAGCCAUGAUCUCCAACAUCCACAAUAGAAAAACCACAUGGAAAUGGGUAAAGGUUAAAGAACUAAAAAAUGGGAGAUUUAGUAGGGAUGCUAUUGAUGCAGUAGGAUGGAGAGGGAAACUUUGUAUGGUGAAUAUGAAAGGAGAUGCAGCUAAAGAAGGGGUUGUUUAUGAUACUGAGAAGGACACAUGGGAGGACAUGCCACAGGGUAUGGUUGCAGGGUGGAGAGGACCCGUGGCAGCCAUGGACGAGGAGGUUAUGUAUGUGGUGGAUGAAGCCAAAGGUGUGCUCAGAAAAUAUGAUCCAGAAAGGGAUUGCUGGGAGCAUAUAAUGGAGUCAGAGAGGCUUAUUGGAGCACAGCAGAUUGCUGCUGGUGGCGGUAGAGUUUGUGUUAUUUGCGGCGAUAGUACUGAGCUUGUGGUGCUAGAUGUGGUGGCGCUUCCGGUGAGACUAUGGAUGGUGGAAACGCCACCGGGAUUCGAAGCCUUUCGAAUUCAUAUAUUGCCAAGGAUAAGCCGGCCAGUUAAUUGAUUUCCUGGUAUCGAGAUGAUUUUUAAUUUUAUUUGUAUACCAUAUACUUUGCGAUCUUAUGUUUGGUCUCGGUCUAAUAUCUUGAUAAGUAUAUCUUACAAUAACUUUUUAAUCUCUUUUUAUUCUCAUUGAAAGUGAAUAUUUGUCGUUUCUGGAA